AUGCUGUUCUGCCACCCGCAGCCGGAGACCUACCACCAGACCUCUGCCACCUACAUCAGAGAGGCUCUGGCACCUUUCUUGAAGAACGAAGAAGCCAGACUAAUGGCUGAUAAUGGAGCCAAGAGGAGCCCUUUCCAGUACAUUCUGUGUGCAGCCACUUCCCCGGCUGUCAAACAGCAGGACGAGACGCUCACUUACCUGAACCAAGGUCAGUCCUACGAAAUCCGUAUGCUUAACAGAAAGCUAGUGGAGUAUACAGAUAUAAGCAGCAAAUAUGUAAAGUCUUACUUCCUGGUUUGUGGCAGGUCCCUCAAACCGCCCUUCCACUUCGGGGCAUCUUCUGCCGGCGUCCUCGCCGCAGGACACCCAGCAGUGGCUGCUCCGUCACAGGUUCUCGCCUUUCUCAAGGCUCUUCUCCAGCUUCUCAGGUGUAUACAGCCUCGUCUCACCAUCUACGUUUGUCAGCAACAGAGCAGGAACCAGCCUCCCAUCAAGCAGGGGGGGGCAGACAGUGAUGAAGGUAAUGAAGGUGAUGAUGGAGAUGGUGAUGAUGAUGAUAGUGAUGAUGGUGAUGAUGAUGAUGAUAGUGAUGAUGAUGAUGAUGAUGAUGAUGAUGAUGAUGAUGAUGAUGAUAGUGAUGAUGAUGAUGAUGAUGACACUGAUGAUGAUGAUGAUGAUGAGAAUGAUGAAGGUGAUGAUGAUGAGAAUGAUGAAGGUGAUGAUGAUGAUGAUGAUGAAGGUGAUGAUGGUGAUGAUGAUGGUGAUGGUGAUGAUGACGAUGAUGAUGAUGAUGGUGAUGAUGAUGGUGAUGAUGAUGAUGAUGAUGAUGAUGAUGAUAGUGAUGAUGAUGAUGAUGAAGGUGAUGAUAAUGAUGACGGUGAUGAUGAUGAUGAUGAUGAAGGUGAUGAUGGUGGUGAUGAUGAUGAUGGUGAUGAUGGUGAUGAUGGUGAUGAUGAUGACAGUGAUGAUGAUGAUAGUGAUGAUGAAGGUGAUGAUGGUGAUGAUGAUGGUGGUGAUGAUAGUGAUGAUGAAGGUGAUGAUGGUGAUGAUGAUGGUGGUGAUGACAGUGAUGAUGAUGGUGGUGAUGAUGAUGGUGGUGAUGAUGGUGAUGAUGAUGGUGGUGAUGACAGUGAUGAUGAUGAUGAUGAUGAUGAUGAUGAUGAUGAUGAUGAUGAUGGUGGUGAUAGUGAUAGUGAUGAUGAUGAUGAUGAUGAUGAUGGUGGUGAUGAUGAUGAUGGUGAUGAUGAUGAUGAUGAUGCUGGUGGUGAUGAUGAUGAUAGUGAUAGUGAUGAUGAUGGUGAUGAUGAUGAUGAUGAUGAUGGUGAUGAUAGUGAUAGUGAUAGUGAUGAUGGUGGUGAUGAUGAUGAUGAUGAUGAUGAUGGUGGUGAUGAUUAUGAUAGUGAUAGUGAUGAUGGUGGUGAUGAUGAUGAUGAUGAUGAUGAUGAUGAUGAUGAUGAUGAUAGUGAUAGUGAUGUCUACCACGCCCUGUACCUGGAGGAGCUGACGCUGGGGGACCUGUCCGAGAAAAUCGCCCUGCUCUACAGCGUCACCCCACAGAAAAUCACCCACAUCUACAGACAGAAGCCCACCGGGAUCCACGUCCUGGUCUCUGAUGAGGUAAUGCAGGAGAACCCGGGCCCCUCUGACCCCCAGAGGCUUCAGCCUGGGCCCCUCUGA